CGAGAAAAGAAUUUAUAUUUAACAACCAUUUCAAAAUUUGGAGCGUUGCCUUUUUUUCGUUUUUGGGGCCCCCCUCUCUCCCCCUUUCUUCAUCACGAAAUUCAAUUAGAAAUUUCCAUUCUGAAAUACUGUACAGUUGAAAGGAUAGAAUCAAUACGAAUAAAAGCUCAAAUCAGGGAUUAAUUUGGAGUGCCUCUCAAUAUCGGUGUAGGUAGCAUUUCGUCUAAUCACUGUAAUUUGAAGGGUACACUUGUGUUCAUUUCACCAGGGGCCAAUACUUCAUGGGAAAUUGUUGGCGUAAGAAACGCUAUAGUGAUGAUUGUUCGAAACAUAAGAUAGGAUUUGGAAGUGGAAAUGUGUCAGUAAUAAAUACCAAAGAAAGUUGGGAUGAAAAGCUAACAGAAGCAAGCAAGAAUGGGAAGAUAGUUGUGGUGAAUUUUAGUGCAUCAUGGUGUGGUCCAUGCAAAUCGAUUGCACCGUUCUACUGUGAACUAUCUGAGAAAUACCCUUCUCUCAUGUUCCUAUCUGUGGAUGUUGAUGAACUAGCUGAAUUCAGUUCUACGUGGGAUAUCCGAGCUACUCCAACUUUCUACUUCCUUAGAGACGGUCAGCAAGUAGACCAGAUUGUGGGUGCUAACAAGUCAGAUCUUCAGAAGAAGAUAGCUUCUCAUGCUAAGUAACAAAAUCCUCUAAAUGACAACCCUUCAUGAGAGCCGUUUUGUCUUUGUUGUAUACCCUCAACCAAGAGAGAGAGAGAGAGUAGACUCAGUUUUUCUAGUUCCUACGUACCCUCAGCCAAUGUUACUGAUUUCAGGCGGUACAUCUUUUUAUUUGGGGUGAGGGAGGGGUUGCUUUGUUUCGAGUGUAUAUGUAAACCACACCAUGUAUUAAUCUUGUAAAAUCACAAAAUUCUCUGAUGGAUCCUUUCAUUUCAUUCGCCAAAUACACAGUAAAACUAGGGAGGCUUCUUGUAAACCAGAAUAAAAUGAUAUUUUAUUAUGAAGUUGA